UGCGAUUCAUAAUAGUCGCAUUCGGUGUUUGCCACUUGUCUUAUCACUCGCAGACACGGCAAUAGGUGUUUAUUGCUGUUUAUAACUUAGAAUACACACACCUCUUACCGUGGCAAACCUACUGUAAAGCCAUACAGUACCUAGCGAUAGCAUUAGCUUACUACAAUGUGGAAAGCCAACCCCCAUUAGUUUGUUAGUCGCUAUGGUAACCGUAUUCGGUGCCUAGGAUAGCUAGUGUAAGAUUACGUCAAGGUAGAUAAUCUAACUUAGUUAAUGCUAGUUAAUUUACGACGGGGAAUAAAGGAUACAGGAAUGCCCCAAAUAAAUAACCGUUUGGUGGACAACCUAAUAGAAGAUGAAGCUGAGAAAGAGAGUCUUCUUGCCAAACCAACCUGCUUCAUCAUAGUUGGAAGACCGGUAAUUUCUCUGGUGUUGGCAAAUCCACUUUGGCCAAAAAAGUUGCAGAGUCCUGGAAGUGUAUUUUAAUUGAUGACACAGAUCUGCUCAACACACACAUUAAAAAUAAAACAAAGCAAGGCAUAGAGCUCUUGAAUAUCUUAUAUGGGGGGAGAAGUAUACCAGAAGACAUGGUUCUCCAGCUGAUUCUUGCCAGGCUUAACUCACCAGAUGUGGAGCACUAUGGAUAUGUACUGAGCUGCCUGCCAUUCAUGUCAGAAGAGUGUCUGAAGAUCCCUGAGCAGAUUGAGCUGAUCAAAAACCUCAAGCUAACACCUGAUUUCAUCAUCAACAUCAAGUGUGCAGACAAGGACCUGGUCUAUAGACUGUCAGGUCUGAAGCAGCACCCAGAGACGGGGCAGCUGUACAACAGGGAUCGGUGGAAGCGUGAAAAGGUGUUUAACAAGAAGAAGGAGAACAAGGAUGAGGAAAUGGAGGAUGAAGAGGAGCAGACUGGGGAAGAGGAACUCCAAAAGGAUAUUACUGACCAGAUGGUGUGGACACCAGAUAAUUUGGCCAGAAAUGCUAUUCCUAGAAUCACCAUGUACAAGCAUAUCAUGCUCAGACCACUUGAGGACUACAUGACAGACCACAACCCUGUCUACCUCUUGGAGCUAGAUGGAAACAACACACCUGAAGAGCUGCACUCGUCUGUAAUGGCCCGUCUUGCAUCCAUGGCAAUAAAGCGUGUCUCCAUUCCAGUCCGCCUCCACCAGCCUGAUGAUGAAGAACUGCCAGAUGACAUUGACACGGAGGACCUAAUGAGAAUGAUGUCCUCCAGGGCAGUGGUGCCUGGCUUUAGAUGGAGAAGAAGCCGCUGGGGCCGAACUUGUCCUGUCGCUCUGAAGGCGGGGAAGGUCAUUCCUGGCAAGCCUGAAUUAUGUGUGGGCUUCCAGGACAAACUGUACGUCCUCUCAUCUCAAGAGGCCUACCAGAAGUUUGUCACAAACCCCCGGCGGUACUUACUUCCUCCGAUGCCCAGGCCUCCAUGCAGAGUUUCCAUCAUUGGACCUCCACAGGCAGGGAAGAGCACUCUAUGUACGCUUCUAGCUCAGCACUACAAUGCAUUGGUGCUUGAUAUGGAGGUAUUGGUGCAGCCAGUUCUGGCCAAGGUUGAGCAGGAAAGGCUUGACAGAAUCAAAGAGGAGACAACACAGGUUGCUAUAGAGAAAAUCAAGAUGAAGAUGGAGCAGGAAGCUGCACAGAAUUCGGAUGAAACCAAUGUUGUAGAAGUGACAGAGGAUCAUCCAGAGGUACAAGCCAUGGUGCUCACUGCGCUUGAAGAUGCCAAACACGUGAGCACAUCUCCCUUCGGCCUGUAUGCUGAGGUACUGGAGGAGCGUAUAAAAGAGAUUGAAAAGACUGACACUGGUGCAGAUGUCAGGACUGGCUGGGUGCUUGACAACUUUCCCAAGAAUUUUUCCCAGAUGAAUGCUUUACAGCAAGCUGGAAUCCUGCCAGACAUCCUCUUCUGUCUCAGAGACAUUGAUGGAAAUCAGGUUUUGAAGAGAUUGUAUGAGAUGAACAAGGACAGCGUGGAUGAAGCAGUGAAGAAGAGGUUGCAGGACGAACGAUCUGAGAAGGAUAAACAUGACAUAUAUCAGAAGGAGCAAGAGGUAGAGGCCAAGCCUGCAGAACUGCAAGCAAAUCUAGAGACAGUUGUCGAAGAGGCCGAAGAGAAUCUUGAACAAUCUGACAACACCAGCCCUGCUCAUGCUGACACAAUCGAAAAGGAAGCUGUGGUACUACCUGACCAUUGGGAGUUGGGUUAUCCAGACGGCCCAGAGAUGGAUGACUAUAAAUUACAACUUCAACAGUUUGUGCACACAUGGGAGCAAAUGCAGUCAGCUUUAACUGUCGCCUACUCAGUACUGGAGAUUGGCAGCAAAAGCCCUGAGGACCUGCUUCAAGAGAUAGUCCUUCAGAUGGAGAAACCCUUUCAGCAUGUGUCCUGGGAGCUGUCAGUGGUGGACCUAGAAGAGGAGGUAGAGGAUUUCGAGGCCUUAGCUGAGCUGGAGAGAGCCAGUGGCAGCAGUGAAGAUGACGCAGCAGAAGAGGAAGAUGAACAGGGUGACACAACAGCAAAGAGAUUAUUAGGUGAUACCUAUCAUUUCUGCCCUGUGGCGUUAAAAAAACACAACAUCCUGUGGCCCUGUUUGGACGAAAUUGCAGCCAAGUACCGCGAGAAGACCUUCUACUUCUCUAGCCUAGAAGCCAGGGACUCCUUCCUUCAAAACCCUGUACACUUUGUUGCACAGACUGAGCCUCUCAAGCCUCCUGCCCUGCGGAUCUUUAUUCUUGGCGCCCGGGGGUCAGGCAAGACCACUUAUGGUGAGUGGCUCGCCCAACAGCUUGGCAUUUUCCAUAUUCAGUACAGGGAGCAACUCCAAAUGCUCGUCAUGGCUAAAACAAAUAAGCGAGUACCUUAUGCUGAUGAGGUAGACUCUUCAGAGGAGUCUCCUGAGGACUUGGAGGCCCUGAUAAAGGAAGCCAGGCGGGAGGAGGAGAAGGAGACGGAGGAUACUUCUGCCAACAUGAAUGACAUGGAGCAGGAAGUGAUACUGACUGAUGAGGAAAAAGCCAUCAAAGCCUACCUGUCUGAUGGAGAUCCACUUACUCCAGAGAUCCUGGAUAUGGUUGUUGCACCAUACUGGAAACAGGAGCCAUACAAGUCUACAGGUUUUAUUUUGGAGGGCUUCCCUCAUAACCAUAAUGAGGUGCAGUACAUGUUGCAGGGACAUCUUUUCCCUGAUGUUGUGGUAUUCAUGUCGGUGGAUGUGUCGGAUGUUCAGAAGCGUCUUUUGCCAACGUACCUGGAGAAUUGGCGUGAGCGCUGCAACCAGCGUGAAGCACAGCUGAACAUCUUACGUGAUCUACGUAAAAAGAACCGGGAAGAGAACAUUGCCAAGAGAAGGGCUGAACUCAUUGCACAGCAUGCAGCCAAAGCAAAGCUCAGGGAUCAUGAGGAUGAAGAAGACGAGGAAGCUGCAGACAACAUAGAGGAUGAGUUAGAGGCCAUGCUGGAGGAAGAGUUCCCUUUAGAAGAGGAUAAUGAAGACACGGCGACUGAGAGUGAGAAGGCAGCGUCUGAGAGACUGGAAAUGGAGAUAGAGGAGCGUUUUAUGACAGAUGAAGUCAGCCUCGUUACUGUGACGGAGCUCCUGAGUGAGCAAAACAUACCCAAAGUGUCAAUCAAUGCAUCUCGCAAGCUCCGGAUCGUGCAGCAUCAGCUGCUCCACAAAAUCCAGCCCCUGCUGAACAACCGGGAGUCACUCUUCCAAAAAUGUCAACCCAUCUCCUACAGCCUGGCACAUAAGCUGCUGCUCUCCUCGUACAAGCGUCACAGUGCAUUUGGCUGCUCGGACCCCAUAAAGCAAUACAAAGAGAAAGAUUUGAUCCAGCCUCUGCAGUGGCCUCUCAAUACCACAUAUCCCUUGAUCUUCCAUCAGUAUAUCUACUUCUUUGCGUCCAAGGAGAACCGCUAUGCAUUUAUGCUGAACCCCUUGAAGUACCUUAGGCAGCCAACGCCCACCCCGUCCUUUCCUGUUAAAAUGGCUGUCGUUGGACCACCCAAAUCUGGAAAAACCACUGUGGCACAGAUGUUCGCUCAGAAAUAUGGCUUAGCCCGGCUGUCCAUUGGCAGUGUUAUGCGUAUGGUGCUUGACACUCAGGCGCACACUGAACUGGCUGUCCAGAUGAAAAAGCAUCUCUCCCAGGGACACAUUGUGCCUGAUGAACUGGCCUUUCAGUGUCUGGAGGUGGCGCUCAUGAGCUCGGUCUGCAGCAUUCGGGGGUAUGUGUUAGAUGGCUUUCCGAAGACACUUAAGCAGGCAGAGCUGAUGGGGUCUCGGGGCAUCAUUCCCAUGAUAGUAGCUGAGCUGGAGCUGGACACAGUGGAAGUGCUGAAGAGAGGUCUUGUGGAUAAGAUGAAGCCCAACAAGCCUCACGUGAUGCACGACAGCUCCGAGAUCCUUCACAUCUGCAACUCCUGUUACAAGCAAGAGGUGGAGCAUGUGAGGCAACACUUCCAGCAGCAAUAUCAGAACUGGAUCCCGCUCGAUGGCUUAAAGAGCCGAUGGUGGAUCUUGAACAACAUCGUAAAGGAGAUCAGCAUCAGCAUGAGAUACAUCCACAGCUAUCUGGAGAGGAUGCACAGCAGGCAAGCAGCCUGCAUUAACAGACUGUGCAUCACACCCAAGGAGCUGCAGUAUCGCCUUGGAGAGUUUGACCAGUACUGCCCAGUCUGCUUGGUUCUAUAUCACCAACUGGUGGACUGCUCAGAAACUGAAGCCUUAACUCAUGCGGCUGAGUACAGGGGACACUACUACAAGAUGUGUGGCGAAGACCAUUUAGAGCGGUUCUUGAACACUCCAGAUCAGUUUGUGACUCCUGGCUGCCCACACACUCUCCCAAAACCCCACCUGCUGCCAAGAAAGCUAACUGAGAGUCAGGUGAAGAACAGGUUCCCACAGCAAGUUGAGAUGAAAGGCUUUUGCCCGGUCACUUAUGUGGAAGGAAAACAAAGGUAUGAAGCCCUGGUUCAAGGAAAGAUGGAAUACGCUGUGGAAUACAGAGAACGGAUCUACAUUUUUGAGACAAAGCAGAAACAGGAUAUGUUUUUGAGGCUUCCUGAAACCUACUGUGGCCAGAAGCUGCCCACAAAAGUUCCUCCUCUUUGUGAGCCUGUUCCCCUCACCUCCCUUCCAACGUUGGGCUACCUGGAACAGGGCGUGGCAGUUGCAGUCAUUAAGGCCAUGACAGCUGUUGGCUGUCUCAAACCAAAGUAUCCCUUCCUCAGUAUACAAAGAUCAGCACUCCUCUAUGCAGCCUUCUAUCUGAAAGCUUUCAACCACAAGAGCACAGACUACACAAGCCAUAAGUACAAAAAGAAGCUGGCUUUGUUUGAAGAGAACUGUGCGCUCAUUCCCUACCUAAGCUCAACAAUGGGAGGGAACUACAGGCCUGCCAGUGAACGUCCCAUUGACUUUGAGUUUAAACUGAAUAGGUUCCUGGCCUUGGGCAACUUGCCAGGAGCCGGUGGUGUGCUGUAGUUGUGCCCGUUAUGAAAGCUUGACUGUUGCCUGUUUUGUUGUGUGAAGAACUGUGACAACAUGUAAUAAACUGUCAGGGUUGAAAA